AUGUUCAGGCUGUUUCAAACACACUCUUUCUCUCUGGUGUUAGUUGAAGCUUUUCCGAGAGUUCUUUACCAAUUAGGCCAAUUACAAAUUUGUCCUGUAUUUCUUCCUCCUUAUUUGCAAAUGCACAGUUCUCUAGCAGAUUUUAUGCGAAGUACCAUGUCAACUAGUCCUGUUGGUAUUCAUGGUUCUGCUCAUUUGAAAUGGAACCCAAAGAACUUGGAGAUUCGCACAAAGUCUGUAGAGAAAACGUUAGAGCCUCUUGUCACACAGGUGACUACCCUGGUUAGUCAAAAUGGUCCAGUCAAAAAGAAAAAAGGGAGAUCUAAAAAGGCCCAUGUCCUUAGUGCUGCUGUACAAAAAGCUACAGAGAACUUUAUUGCACGUGGACAAGAAAUAGCAGAUGAGAACCCAGAGAUCAGAGAUGAUAUGCUAGUGGCUGUUGAAGAAGUUCGCAAGACUGGUGAAGACAUGGGCCAUGCUUCCCAAGAAUUUGCUAAUGAUCCCUGCUCUUCAGUGAGACGUGGGGCCAUGGUUCGUGCUGCUCGGGCCCUUUUGUCUGCUGUGACUCGCCUUUUAAUUCUCGCAGAUAUGGUUGAUGUACAUCGCCUGCUGAAAAGUUUGCAUCAUGUUGAAAGUGAUUUGGAUCGUAUCAAGAAUGCUAGCAGUCAACAAGAGCUCUUGCAGAGCUUUGAUGAUUUUGGAAAGAGUGUCCAAGAGUUGACAGAUCGUGCUGCUAAAAGACAGGCUGAUCUGAAAGAUCCUCGUCGUCGAGAUGAUUUAGCUGCUGCUCGUGCUGUCCUGAAAAAGAACAGUAUGAUGUUACUUACUACUUCGAAAGCUUAUGUUCGUCAUCCUGAGCUGUCUGCAGCCCGUGAAAACCGUGAUUAUGCCUGCAAACAGAUGUGUGAUGCUGUUAACAUGAUAUCGGAUGUAGCCCAAGCAGCUGGUGUUUCAGAUGUCCACCCCUACGAGCGUCAAGGAGAGUUGGCAGCAGCACUUAAUGAACUUGAUCAAAAAAUAAUAAUGGAUCCUUUGUCCUACAAUGAAAUUCGCACCCGUCCGUCUCUGGAGGAACGUCUAGAGAGUAUUGUAAGUGGAGCAGCUCUUUUGGCUGACUCUUCUUGCACCCGUAAUGACCGUCGAGAAAAGAUCAUCCAGGAAUGUAACGCUGUUCGCCAGGCACUACAGGAUUUGCUCACUGAAUACAUGGAAAAUUGCAAGAGUAAAAAAGCCUCAGACAUUGAGAGGCAGGUUAUCUGCCUGGCUACUACUUCUACUCCGCCUCCUAGUUCUGCUGCUGCUGCUGCCAUGACCAAUACUACCACAUCCAUUUCUGCCCCCGUUUCAUCGACAGCAACUGGUCAGAAAGAACCUAGUCCAGGUCUUGAUAAAGCCAUUGAAAAUUGGUACAAAAAGACAAGAGAUUUGAGAAGACAGUUGAGAAAAGCUGUGGUUGACCAUGUGUCUGAUUCAUUCUUGGAGACCAACGUUCCAUUAUUGGUAUUGAUCGAAGCUGCAAAAGCUGGUGAUGAAUCUGGUGUUGAAGAAUAUGCUCAUGUGUAUAUGGAACAUGCCAACAAAUUGGUUGAGGUGGCCAAUCUUGCUUGUUCAAUGUCCAACAAUGAGGAGGGGGUAAAAAUGGUCCGUAUUGCUGCUGCAGAGAUUGAAAAAUUAUGUCCACAGGUGAUCAAUGCUGCUCGGGUGUUAGCUGCCCGUCCAAGAUCCAAAGUGGCCCAAGAGAACAUGGAUACUUUCAAAGCAGCCUGGGUGAAACAAGUUCAGCUACUCACAGAAGCUGUUGAUGAUAUUACCACUAUUGAUGAUUUCUUGGCUGUGUCAGAAAAUCAUAUCUUAGAAGAUGUGAACAAAUGUGUAAUUGCUCUGCAGGAGAAAGAUGCUGACACCCUGGAUCGAACUGCUGGUGCCAUUAGAGGAAGAGCUUCAAGAGUCUCAAAUGUUGUUGGAGCUGAAAUGGAUAAUUAUGAACCUGGUGCUUAUGUAGACCGGGUUAUGAAUUCUGUGGAAAUGUUACGGGAUCAAGUUAUGCCGAACUUUGCACAGAAGGUUGAAGUUGCUGUUACUCUAUUGAAUUCAGACUCUAAAGAAAUUGAUGAAAAUGAAUUUAUUGAUGCUAGCCGACUUGUUUAUGAUGGUGUACGUGAGAUAAGACAAUCGGUUCUCCUUAGCAGGUCUCCUGAAGAAAUUGAUUCCGAUACAGAAAUAGAGUACGAUGAAGACACAAAAAGCAAAUCAAGCUUCAUGACUGAACAGGAAGAUGCUAACAAUAAGAGUGAUCGUGCUAUGAUGAGAGACUUGCCUGAGGCUGAACGAAUCAAGAUUCAAAAACAAGUUGAAGACUUCCGACAAGAGAAGGCUAAACUUGACAGAGAAGUUGCCAAAUGGGAUGACAGUGGCAAUGAUAUUAUCGUUCUUGCCAAGCAGAUGUGCAUGAUUAUGAUGGAAAUGACUGACUUCACUAGAGGCCGUGGACCAUUAAAAAGUACAAUGGAUGUUAUUAAUGCAGCUAAGAAAAUUUCUGAAGCCGGAACAAAGAUGGACAAAAUGGCUAAGACAAUUGCAGAUCAGUGUCCUGAUUCAGUGUCUAAGAAAGACUUGAUUGCAUAUCUGCAGAGGAUAGCCUUAUACUGCCACCAGUUGAACAUUACAAGCAAAGUAAAAGCUGAUGUACAAAGUGUUAGUGGAGAACUUAUUGUAUCAGGGUUGGACAGUGCCACUUCACUUAUCACAGCUGCAAAAAAUCUAAUGAAUGCUGUUGUCCUGACUGUAAAAGCCUGCUAUGUGGCAUCAACCAAGUACAAAACGAAUUCAGCUAAUGCCCCUGUGGUUCUGUGGAAGAUGAAAGCUCCAGAGAAAAAGCCUCUUGUCCGCAGGGAAGACCCCAGUGAAUUAACAGCGAAAGUUCGUAAGGGUGCUCAAAAGAAGCGUAUCCAACCAUGUCUGGAACAAUUCUUUCCUUGUCGCUUCGAUUCCUUCGUAUUUAUUGACAUUCGGCUAAAACCGGCGUCGGGACAUGACGUGGUUAGGGAAUUCAGUAUUUUCCUUAUGUUCCACUUUCUGCAUCAUCCAAGUAUGUUGAUCGCCUCCGAUAAUAUUAUCUAUUCUGCUACCGGAAUCCAGCAAGGUGAUCCACUUGGUUCGCUACUAUUUGCGAUGCCUGUUGACGGGGUAGAUCGUUCCAUCGCCUCUCCUUUCAAUAUAUGGUAUCUUGACGAUGCAACGCUGGAAGGAUCCGUCGAGGCCGUAGCUGCUGACAAGUUAUUCCUGCUUUAUCUCUGUUUGGACUUGAGAUUAACUCGUCCAAGUCAGAGAUAA